GAAUUACGCUUUUAUUAACGUUUCAGGCUGAAAUCAGAGCCAAAAACCACGUGGCUUUGGAUUGGGUGGGACUUAAUAGUUUCUUGAACCAACCAACGCAAACACACACACACACACGCACUCUCUCUCUCUCUCUCUCUCCUCUUUCUUAAUGUGCGCGCGUGGUGAUACGAAUAUACGAGGAGUUGAACAGAGGAGGGCAAAACAAUCACACGCACAUCACACACACUCAGCGUAUGUUUUAGCUUCACACUAGGUAGGUAAAAGGAAGAUGAGUAAGCUAAACACAUCGAGCUCUGAAUUGGAUUUCGAUCGCCCCAAUAUCGAAGACUAUCUUCCUUCCGGAUCCAUUCAAGAGCCUCACGGCCAGCUCCGCCUGCAUGAUUUGCUCGAUAUUUCACCGACUCUAACUGAGGCAGCUGGUGCAAUUGUUGAUGACUCUUUCACAAGAUGCUUCAAGUCAAAUCCUCCAGAACCCUGGAACUGGAACAUAUACUUGUUUCCUUUGUGGUGCUUGGGUGUUGUUGUCAGAUAUGGGUUUCUUUUCCCAUUAAGGGUAAUAGUAUUGACAAUAGGAUGGAUCGUAUUUCUCUCAUGCUAUUUUCCUGUGCAUUUCCUGUUAAAAGGGCAUGACAAACUGAGAAAGAAAUUAGAGAGAGGUCUAGUGGAGUUGAUUUGCAGUUUUUUCGUUGCAUCAUGGACUGGGGUUGUCAAGUACCACGGUCCACGUCCCAGCAUGCGGCCUAAGCAGGUUUUUGUGGCUAAUCACACAUCCAUGAUUGAUUUCAUUGUUUUGGAACAAAUGUGUGCAUUUGCAGUGAUUAUGCAGAAGCAUCCUGGGUGGGUUGGAUUACUGCAGAGCACUAUUUUGGAAAGUCUAGGAUGUAUCUGGUUCAACCGCUCAGAGUCCAAGGAUCGUGAAAUUGUUGCAAGAAAGCUACGAGAACAUGUCCAUGGGGUUGAUAAUAAUCCUCUUCUUAUAUUCCCUGAGGGAACUUGUGUAAAUAACCACUACACUGUGAUGUUUAAGAAGGGUGCAUUUGAACUUGGCUGUACCGUAUGUCCAAUUGCAAUCAAGUAUAACAAGAUUUUUGUCGAUGCCUUCUGGAACAGCCGAAAGCAAUCCUUCACAACACAUUUGUUGCAGCUUAUGACAUCAUGGGCUGUUGUUUGUGAUGUUUGGUACUUGGAGCCUCAGAAUCUGAAACCUGGGGAAACUGCAAUCGAAUUUGCUGAGAGGGUGAGGGACAUUAUUUCUGUGCGAGCAGGUCUUAAGAAGGUGCCAUGGGAUGGGUAUUUGAAGUACUCUCGCCCCAGUCCAAAGCAUCGUGAACGCAAGCAAGAAAGCUUUGCGGAAUCAGUUCUACGUCGCCUGGAAGAGUAAUAGAUUGAGAUACAUAAUAAUAAUAAUAAUAUAUUUUGUUGUUUAUUGUCCUUCGUUUGUUAGCUGUUUCAUAAUUCAACAUACUGCUACGAAGAACAUUUCAUUUCCUCAUUUCUGUACCUCGUUAUGGAGGAAAACAUUUCAUAAAGUGUUUCAAAUUAGUUUGUCAACCAACUUUGUCAAUAUUAAAGCUGAACAUUCCAGGCCUUUUGAAUUUGAAGAAAA